AUGUCCGGAAUAAAGAUUGAGGAGGUCAUCUCAACAACCAAAAGACAGCGUGUGGCGGCCCACAGUCACGUCAAGGGACUUGGACUGGAUGCCGAUGGUGUUGCAAAGCCAUCGGGUGAUGGAUUUGUGGGCCAAGUGAAGGCACGCGAGGCGGCCGGUCUCGUUGUGGAACUCACGCGCUCAAAGAAGAUGGCCGGUCGCGCUCUUCUCUUUGCUGGACCACCGGGAACUGGUAAGACGGCUCUGGCACUCGGUAUUGCGAAGGAGUUGGGGCCUAAAGUGCCCUUCUGUCCGAUGGUCGGCAGUGAGGUGUAUAGUGCGGAGGUAAAGAAGACAGAAGUGCUGAUGGAAAACUUCCGACGUGCGAUUGGGUUAAGGAUUAAAGAGCAGAAGGAGGUUUACGAAGGAGAAGUGACAGAGUUGCGGGCAGAGGAGACAGACAACCCAUUGGGAGGUUAUGGCAAGUCUAUUUCUCACGUAAUUGUUACACUCAAGUCAGUGAAGGGAUCCAAGCAGCUUAAGUUAGAUGCGGCCAUCUAUGAAAGCCUAGAAAAGGAAAAGGUAUCUGUUGGUGAUGUUAUUUAUAUUGAAAGCAGUACCGGUGCUGUCAAACGAGUGGGUCGAUCAGAUGCAUACAUUGGAGACCACGAUUUGGAGGCGGAUGAGUACGUUCCUCUUCCAAAGGGUGAUGUUCACAAGAAAAAAGAAAUUAUUCAAGAUGUAACACUGCAUGAUCUUGAUUCUGCUAAUGCCAAACCUAAUCAAGGACAAGAUGCACUUUCAAUUGUGAAUAGUUUAAUGAAACAAAAAAAGACGGAGAUUACAGAAAAACUUCGACAUGAAAUUAAUAAGGUUGUUAAUAAAUAUAUUGAUCAAGGAGUAGCAGAAUUGGUACCUGGUGUUUUAUUUAUUGAUGAAGUACAUAUGUUGGAUAUUGAAUGUUUCACUUUCUUAAAUAAAGCACUGGAAUCUACACUUGCUCCUGUGGUAAUUUUUGCCACUAACAGAGGCAGUUGUCGUAUAAGAGGAACAGAUGUUCGAUCUCCUCAUGGUAUUCCUACAGAUCUUCUUGAUCGACUUCUUAUUGUCCGUACAACUAAUUACAGUAUUGAAGAAAUUGUUUCCAUCGUUGACAUUCGUGCACAAGUGGAAGGUGUAAAAGUUUCCGAUGCAUCUCUAGAACUUCUUGGUCAAAUUGGAGAACGUACUUCACUCCGUUAUGUGGCGCAACUACUAACACCGGCACUUAUUAUUGCCGAGACAAAUGGACGCUCUGUUAUUGAAGAAGAGGAUGUGAUGCUAGUUGAUGGAUUAUUUAAGGAUGCCAAAGCUUCUGCUCAGCUUCUUCAUGAACACGCAGACGAUUACGUGUAUCAGUAG